UUUGGGAUUUUCAAAUGUGUUAUCUACUCUUAUACGACGAAAAUAAUGAAAAUAAUGAUAAAAAAAUGUUAUGCUCAAAUACCUACAUCGUUCGGAUUAUUUCUCAGAGACUGUGGCCAGAUUAUAAAUAAUGACUAAUAUCCCGACAGAAUGUUCAAUGUCGUAAAAUGGUUCGCAGGCUUCACUGUUAUGCAAGUGAUGAAAAACCAGUUCAGUAAUGUCGUUUGCGAAGAGGCCAAUUGUACAGUGAGUAAACUGGCAGAUAAUCAAACAUACGCCGAUUGUUCUAAUCUACAAUUAACAUCAGUUCGUCGAGGAUUAGGAGCUGAAAUUACGAUAAUGAACAUAUCAUCGAAUAAUUUCGUAACGCUUAAGAAUGACGAUUUAAGCGAGUAUACUCGUCUAGAAGAGCUAAUCAUGAAAGAUUUGAAACCUAUAACAGUUUCGCAAGACUUUUUAACGCCGUUAGUGAAACUCGAAGUAUUAGACAUAAGUGGCAGUACUUUGAUAGAUGCGCCGAAAUUCCCUUCAAGCAUAACUAUAUUAAUUGCAGACAGUAUAACGGGAAUAACUGGUUAUGAUUUUUCGAAUUUAGGCAUUUUGUGGGAAAUCUCAUUAAAUAAUAAUAAUCUCGAAAAGCUUCCGAAUUUAAAUAGAAACGCGCCGUUAGCUAUCAUUUAUCUGAAUGAGAACAAUAUUAAAGAGUUGGACAUCGUUGAUUUGGGGAGAUUUUGUUCAUUGACUAACUUGUACUUGGACAAGUUCGCGUCUGGCGAAAAAUACGCAAAUUCUUGCUGUUUUGUCAGAGUAUGGUGUGACGAAUAUAGAAUAGAGUCUGCUUUGAAGUGUGAAAUAACUUGUGAAAAAGACAAAUAUCCCGCGAGUAGUGAAGCGAUCGAAGCGUACAACGAAUGCUAUCGUAAAAGAGAUGAGUUUAUUGACAUCUUCGAGUGGCAACAUGUUUUUCUGUACAUCCUGGUAGUCGUGAUUUUCAUCGUUAUCAUCCUCAUUAUUGGUAUCAAGUUUUAUUGGAGUGAAGACGACCCUGAAACGCAUCCAACGACAACACAAAAAACGGUAACUGAAAAAGAACCGGAUCCAGCCGAGGACAAAGAUGAGGCUGUUGUGGAAGAAGAGAAUGUUGAAGCGUCGCAUUAAAAACAAGACAGGAUUCAAUCAACGAUUACCGAAGUUUCGAAAUGAUCCAACAGCUACGAAUGCGCCAUUUAUUUAUCCAUUUUGGUGUUGAUUCGUCUCGUGAGUUAGAUAUGUAUUUCGUCAAUCGGGAGAAACUCCUCUGAAUUUCUCUGCUUAACGCGUCUUCAAGAUUUUAGCGAAGAAGAAAAAAUUGUUAUUUUGUUUGCUCGUUGUUUUUAAAAAAUAUUAAUGAUACGAGUUCUUUUUUUUUGGUUUGUUUUGUAAAGAAAGAUUACUUCGA